AGCGACUGGCGUCUGAAACACCUUGGACCUGCCAAAGGCAACCUAGUCUACCUGUGGAUGCUGUGAACUAGGAGCUGACCAAAAAGUGGGAGAGCUCCAGGAUCCGUCCCUGGAAAAGAGUGCUGCUGAGGUGAGUGCAGAAGAAUGGCUGCGGCAGAACCUCUGACUGCUUUCUCCCGGUGGUACCUCUAUGCCAUCCAUGGCUAUUUCUGUGAGGUGAUGUUCACAGCUGCCUGGGAGUUUGUGGUCAACUUCAACUGGAAGUUCCCAGGCGUUACCAGUGUGUGGGCACUAUUCAUCUAUGGCACCUCCAUCCUUAUUGUGGAGAAGAUGUAUCUAUAUCUCAAAGACAAGUGUAACAUUUUAGUGCGCUGCUUCAUUUACACACUUUGGACAUACCUCUGGGAGUUCACCACUGGCCUCAUCCUACGCCAGUUCAAUGCUUGCCCAUGGGACUAUUCCCAGUUUGAUUUUGACUUCAUGGGCCUGAUCACUCUGGAAUAUGCCAUCCCAUGGUUUUGUGCUUCUUUCAUCAUGGAACAGCUGGUGAUCAGAAACACCCUGCGCUUACGAUUUGAUGAGACUGCUGAGCCGGGGGCUCCCACCGUCCCCGUUGCCUUGGCCAAUGGCCACGUGAAGACAGAUUGAGCAGUGACUUAGAAUCACACUUAGCAGUCUGGGAGAGCCCAGACCGCUAGCAUGGACUGUCAGCUCUGGCUCCGAGGUACUGCUCCUUGCUGUAUGAUAAGAUUCAUAAACCCCAUUUUUCUAAUGGGGGUGUGCAUGGGAUAUACCAGAAAAAAUGGAACCAGUAGAUUUUCUAUGGAUUUUACUCUUUGGGCUCCAAGGACCAAUAUCAGUUACCUGUUAGUUAGGUCAUUUCUGAUUUUAACUUAUUACAGAUGAAAGCAGUCCUUUUGCUUACACUUUAACGUGGAGAAAGAAGAAAAAGAGAUGCUACGGUGGAAGUGCGUCCAAAAAGAAAAACACCUAAUUAUUUGAUGGUCAUGGACACGCCAGCUGAGUUAGUGAUUGGCUUACUCCAUUAGGCAAUAUUCAGGUGCUUGCUUGCAACCAAUACCUCCUGUGGGACCUGAGAUGCUGCAGGAACAAGGAAAAUCCAUCUGCUGUUGUGAAGAACCUAAGACUGGCAGUCUGCUGGGGAGGUAGAUGGUGUUACCCUCGCCAGGUCCCAUUGGCCUCUCCCCAGGUUCUUUUUUGCACCAUGAAAUAAUCUGGUGCUGGACAUCUUGCUGAAUUUAUACAGAUCUUGUACUUUUUGAAAUCUCAGUCCUGAUACUUACUAGAAAUUUUUUCUUUUUUUCUGUUUUUUCUUUUUUUUUAAUGAAGGUCUUUUUUGCCAAGUGAAUUUUACCAUAAUCUGUGCAAUCUGAAUCUUGGCAAAAGGCGCAAGAAAUAGUGCAAGUCUUCCCAUCUCCUCUGUACUCCCAAAGUAGACCUUGCCUAACAGUCUGCUUCAGAUUCCAGCUCCCAUCUCAUCCAUGCAAACCUUGUAGAGACUAUACAGGCCACAAGAGUUUUCUGCCUUCCUUUCCAGGGAUUUCUCUGUUUCUGGUAAUGUUGGUGACUUAUUCUGGCUGCAGCCCCUUGUAUUUGGAGGUCAAAACCUUCCUGUGGCUAAUGUAUCUGGGAUUUGGUCCUCUAGCACUGACUCUCAUGUCCCUUCAGCACUGGCAGGCCUUGGCUCAGUUCUGCCCAGUUUUCUCCUCAGUGUAUCAAGUGGAUUUGCUUUUUCUUCCCAAAUUCUGCUUUAAAUAACCACAACCAUAUUGUCAUGACAAUAAUUGGAGGCAGCAAGAGAUAUACCAUGCUGCCUGAUACAUUUAUUAAAAAAAAAAAGAAAGCAAAAAACCCUUCUCUGAAGAGCACUUAAUUCUUCAUGGUCUGCUUGAAUGAGACUUUGAGUUAGGGUACAAGAGCAGCAGUAGAGAGGUGGAGCAGAAGGGAGUGCUGUGGCUUCACUGUGGAACUACCUGCACUGGGGACAGUUUGAAAUUUAAUCUAUUGGGAACACCUAUGGAGUACAAGGACAAUUGUGGUACAGGGAAGGUUUUUGAUAGUGGCAGCCAGAAGUUCACAGUUUACUCAGGCAAGUCUUGGCUUUUGAAGUUGGCAACAAACACAGAGCUUCCAGCUGUCAGAUGUCUCACUCCUGAGCUGGGUUAUGGGGAAGGUUUCUGUAGUUGCCCUGUAGGGCCAGAUUAAUUUUUUGUGUUCUUCCACCAUAGUCAGGAGAGCUGUACCAGGGAUCAAUUUGGCUUGAAAUGCAAAUGUGUUGUGGGAUUCCACUCUUGUUUUGGGAGUAGUUGGGCUAUUUCUGUGUAGGUCCCUUGUCUCUAGUAGGGGGGGCUCAGCUGUGAACCUGCUUCUUGCCCUGCGGCAGCCAUUCCUGAGAGGAAAAGCAAUGUUGGCCCUGUGAGUUGAAUUGUUUCUUGGUUCUGCUCUUAUGAAGGCAGUGUUAAUCCUUUUUUGUAUCACACAGAGAGCAAUUAUUUUAUUCCUCCCCUCCCCUUUCUCAUGUGGCAUCCAUUGCUGGCAAUGGACACAGGAAAGCAGUGGUGCAAGGAGUUAAUCAAAUCUGCCCUGGGUAUGCAAUGUCUCCUGAAGCACUGAGAAUACUUAGGUGGAUAUUUAGAGUCUCCUUUUUAUAGUUCAUUAAAUUAAAAGAGAACAAACACUGAACAGAUAGUUCUUCUGAUGCUGUGAUGCCAGUAUUAUGAAAUAAGAAGAAUAGUAUGUAGUUUGUCAGCCUUGUUGGUCUCAGGCAUAUAGACCCAGGCAAAAUAGUCACCUGACACUGUACAUGGAGUUAAAAAAAGAGAUUUGUGCAUGGGAUAAUGUAGAGGAGCUGUACUGGAGCAGAACAAGAAUUGCAAGGUGCAGAUGAGAGUGGGAUCUCACCAUUUUGGCCCUGGUUCUGUCAAGGUUAUCAAACACAGUGUCUAAAGCUGGGUUGUCCUCUCAUAGCAUAGCUUAAGUGUGGUGUUGUGCUGCCUCCUACAUCACCCCCACAUCAUGUAAAACCCUCAGCCUCAUAGAAACAUCCUUAGGAUCCCUGCUUUCUCCUUAGCUGUUAAAAACUUUAGAAAGGUUAAAAGGAGUUAGCAGUGUGGUUUGGAGGAGUGGCUGUCCACAGAACUAACCUGGUACACAGUAACAGCUAUGUGUCUGUUAUUGUCUGUACUUCAGAAGGUCCCAACUAAAUGCCACUGGUUUUGCUCAGUGGGGUAAUAUUUAGAUGCUCAAAAUAUGGAGGGGUUUCCCAGCAGCAUCUAGUAUCUAGAGCAUUAUCCUUAUUGCCUGUGUCAUUGUAACAACUGUUUUGUCUGCUUUCCACUGAUGUCUGAUGUGUACCACCCAGCUAUUGCAUCUUUAUAGAGUGGUAAUUUAUACCCAGAAGUGCACUUUACUUGCAGCUUGCACACCAGAAACAGAAAAGGACCCGUCAAAUUCUUAAAUCAAUUAAUUAUGUAUAACACCACAUACCUAAUGCAGCAGGAUUAGCCAGACUUCUCCGUUCUGAGCAACAUGGCUGCAGUCAGAGCUUCGUCUUUUCUGCAAAAUCUCCCUUUUUAAUACAUGUGAUGCUUCUUACAACAUCUUGCAGAAGUGCCCAGAGCACAUUACCAGGAUUUUGGCGGCAGCUCAGUGAGAGCUUCAGAGCUGGACUGAAGUUGAAGAGACAUUUACAUUAAGAAGAAAAAAAAACGCACAAGGCCUAACAUUUGUUGUAUGUGUAUCUUCCUCAGUAGAUUAAAGUUGCCUGUUUUGAGUUCACCAGCAAUAAAAAAACCUUGUGAUUUA